ACGGUAGUCCCCAGUCACGUGUCACAUGGUGUUUGUUUACAAGAAAACGACGAGAGACUGGACCUUUGUGAGUCACUCACUGUUGUGCAGCAUGCGCCAGGGGAUCUAAUUACAGUAUGGAAUUCACAGCUAAAUGUUUGCCAGCUAGAUAUAUUUUAUAACGUAUGUUACAUCUAAAAUGUGCUAUAUGUCUGCAGUUGUGCAUUUGGUGGGCAAAUUUAGUAGCUAGUUAGCUAUCUAGCUAAGUGGUUAGCUUAUUCCUAAAUCAAGCAUUCGCUUGGUAACAGCAGAGAAUCCCCUCCUGGAUCAAGAGCCUUGUGGGCAAAUAUUAGUUUUGUGCGUGCAGCAAAAUGAGCGAGGCUAAGAUGGUGGACCGGCUGGCGAACAGCGAGGCCAACUCCAAGCGGAUCCAGGUAGUCGAGGGCUGCUUCGGCGCAGCGGGCCAGCCACUGGUCAUACCGGGCCGCGUACUCAUCGGUGAGGGUGUGCUCACCAAGCUGUGUCGCAAGAAGCCCAAGGCACGCCAGUUCUUCCUGUUCAACGACAUCCUGGUGUACGGCAACAUUGUCAUCCAGAAGAAGAAGUACAACAAGCAGCACAUCAUCCCAUUGGAGAGCGUCACCAUCGACACGGUGGCUGACGAGGGCGACCUGCGGAAUGGCUGGCUCAUCAAGACACCCACCAAGUCCUUCGCUGUCUACGCCGCCACCGCUACUGAGAAGUCAGAGUGGAUGAGCCACAUCGGCAAGUGCGUGGGCGACCUGUUGGAGAAGAGCGGCAAGGCGCCGACUGGCGAGCACGCAGCCGUCUGGAUACCAGACUCAGAGGCCACCCUCUGCAUGCGCUGCCAGAAGAUCAAGUUCACGCCCCUCAGCCGCCGCCACCAUUGCCGCAAGUGCGGCUAUGUGGUUUGUGGCCCGUGCUCUGACAAGAAAUUCCUGCUGCCCAGCCAGUCGUCCAAACCGGUCCGUGUGUGUGAGUUCUGUUACCUGCAGCUGGCCUCCGCAGGAGGGGGGAUGGGCUUAGGCCCACACUCGGACUCCUACAGCCGGUCAGGGUCAAAGUUCAACAACGUGUCGGAUGACGAAGAUGAGGAGGACAGCAGUGACUGAGGAAGGCCCUCCUGACAGCCUUCCAUCUUCCCCUUUUAGUAAUCAAUUAGCAAUAUUCCACUUAUAAUUAUAGUUUUUUUCUCUCCACAGCAGGGUUUUGAAGAAAAGUUGUUUUUUUCUUCUAGCUGAAAUUAAUGCUUUUUAAUGAUAAUAUAGUGAAAUACCUGAUGGGAAUUGUAGUAAGUUUGGUAAAAAUAUCCCACACACUAUUUGUAGUAUGGCUGCUUCCUGUAUGGCGUGCUCCACAGUCAUCCUCUUUGUUUUCCAUUAAACAGUGGACCUCACUACAGGAGAGAAUGAUGCUAGGAGUCAUGUAGCACCUCUCAUUGUCCUCUCAUUGUCCUCUCAUUGUCCUCUCUGUUAAUGUCAUCCUCUUCUAUUAUAGUCUUGAUUUCAUUUCCCCUUUUUUAUUUUUUUUUAUAUAUUUUUUUACAGAUGAACCUUAAGAGGUACAUGCCUCAAUGCUGAUAUUUCUGCAGGGAGAAGCGAUUAGCAUUCAGUCACACGUCACAUGGUCUACCUACCCAUUUAAAUAUUUCAGGUAAAAUACCUAUAGGUGCUUUUUUUUCUAGGUUUGUAGCUGCUUCAUUAUUUUCUAACCUAAAUAACCCCUCCUUCACUAACCUCUCAAAUGACAAAUCAGCUAAAGCGUUAUGAUUGUAUGGUGAAGCUCCUCUAGGUGUGUAUGUCUUAGUAUAGAGUGGUGGCCAACUUUCAGUUUUGAAGUUGAAGUGUUUUUCUCCACAGCUUAACUUGUAAUAGCAUGUAUUUGAAAUGGACAUAUUCAAUCAUCCCAAAAAUGUACCUCACACAGACCUUAAUUUUCACACAGUGCCUUCUGAGAAAGUGAGUUGUCUGGGCAGCCCUGUUUUAAUGAGAUAUUGCAUCAGACCCUAGUACUGUAACUUCUAUUUUGAGGCUGUGUUCUGUCGGUAUAACCCUAAGCUGAAUAAUGGCUGUAGGGAGAAGUUUGUGUGAUCAUUGUGUUGGUGUGUGUGAAUGCACUAGAAAGCUUUACUUCAGAUAUUUCUUACUAAAUCAUAGAAAACAUGCACCUAAAAAUAUUGUCAUGCUUUAUAGAGUACUGUCCAGUGUUGGAGAUAUGGGUUUAUCUAAAGUAUUUGGCAAGUUCCUGGCUGGAGUCUCCACUGAGUGCCUCUAGAGUGCUGUGCGAGCAGAAACUUGACCUGUGGAGAUCAGGAAAUCAGUCCAUUGUCUUACUGUGGUCUCCUCAGUAUGUGACUGCUUCCUAACCUGCCCUCAAAGUUCCAGGGUAUCCUGACCUGUCAGAAAAUAAAGCUGAACUGAACUUGCCUGAACAGAGAAUGGGAAAUCAUUGCAUAACGCACAGGAACUGUACAGGAAGUGUCUACCAUCGACUUCUCUCAGAGGAACCAGGACUGUCCCUGCCCCCCUGUGGCCCUCUUCCAACUGUAUUUCCCUAUAAGGUAUGGCCAGUCUGUGUCAGCUGACACUGACAUGUGAAAGGCUUGUUGGAGGACUAAUGAUGACCUACCCGCAACCACCAUCACUUUUUCACGCUGUGAAGCGAAUGUCAAAUGCACUAACCAUUUCUGGUUUUACACUCUGGGACAGACAGAUCUAAUUCAAUCACUUUCAGUCUGGGCAUAGUUUAUCUUCCUGUGUUUCCAUGGGAAUCCUUUCUCUCCUUUUUUUUAAAGCAACUUGUUUUUACAUCUAAGCAGUCAGGCUCACAGGUGGCAAAGACUUGAACUAAUCUGUAGUCUUUCAGUGUAAUAUGGAACGUUUAUCCUGAGAUGUGUGUGUGUGUUUGAGUGACAGAACUGACAAAAGGGAUCAUUUUUCUUUCCUUUUUUUCUUUUUUAGCUUCUCUAAGAAGUAACUGUAGAACCCUAUAAAAGUCCAUCUCUUUGGCAAGCAAUAAGACAUGAGACGUCAUACAGUACUUCGAUGCAAAUCUCCUACCCCAUUGUCUUUGAUUAUCAGGUUGUAUUGUUGCAGAUGCUCAAAAUACUACAUCCCUCACUCUUGAAGGUUUAUCAUUAUACUCAAACAACAUACUGAUAUUGGGCACAACUAUAUUAAUGCAAAUCCUACCAUAAUCUGUAGUUUCCUUAAUCAACUAUUUUUUUCUUCUUUCACCUCACUUAAGGAAUAUUUUGAAAUGACUUCUGUUGAUUUUGUAUAUUUGUAUAGUGUUUGGGGUUUGUUUUGUACAGUAUACUAUGUAGUUAUACAAAUGCCGCUGUUUCAGGUCUCUUGUGCUCGUCUUACCUUCAUGUAUGGACCGGAUUAAACACCAGCACUUUACUCUCUUUCUCUGGAGAGAGGUCGUAAACAAGAGCUACAUUACCGCUGAGACCGUAAACUGACAGGACUGGAUUUCCUGUCUGACAUCACCUCAGGAGAGUGAGCUAGGGGUACCUACACAACCUGAGAUUUAACAUUGUACACCCGUUAAGCAAAAAUUAUGUCUGAACACAGAAAUGAGGGAACAAUGUGAGAUUUCUGAAAAGGAGCAUACCAUACUUUUUUGUUUGUUUUCUUUGCCUGCUUAUCUGGUUUGGUUUGUUAACCUCUCAAGCCUCAUGGAAUUGAAGUUCUCUCCAUUGCUAUCGGGUGGUGUUUUUUGUUGUCUUUUCUAAGAUUUUUUUUUUCCUGUUGCCAUUUAAAUUCUCGUUAUGAAAGUCUUAAGGGCUUAAACCUGAAUGUAAUACAGCAUAUCAUUGGAUACUAAUUUUCUCUGAAUUGAAAUAUAUAAAUACCAUAUUGCCUAAAAU